UCAUCAACAAGACUUGCAGCCUCCAAGAAUCAUGAAAGCAUUCACUUUCCUUUUCCUUCAUUACUUUUGGUGAAUGCAAUUGCGCAUCAUAUGCCACAAACCAUUUUAAAAUUUAUCUAAUAGCCACUUUUUACUACCCUAUAAAUACUCUCCUCCACCACUAAACAACACAGUAAGAAAUUAAAACUGUUUCAAUAUGGCUUCUGUUCUCACUUUAUUCUCCUUCUAUCUCAUGCUCUUCUCAACUUCCUGCUUCACCACCAUCAAUGGAGUAUUCUCAGAACAAUCCCCCAUGGACAUAACGACAAAACGCAUGGAGAAACUGACCCACCUCCACUUCUAUUUCCAUGACACCCUUGAUGGCACAAACCCGACUGCCAUUAGAAUCGCUGGGCCAUCAAAAAGGUCAUUUGGCACUACUAUGAUGGCAGAUGACCCAUUGACAGAAGGGCCAGAGGCAAGUUCAAAGCUCGUGGGAAGAGCACAGGGCAUCUAUGCAUUGGCUUCUCAACAUGACAUUGGUUUGCUUGUGGUGAUGAAUUUCGAUUUCUUGAAAGGUAUGUAUAAUGGGAGUGCGCUUAGCAUUCUCGGGCACAAUCCGAUUCUUGAUAGGGUCAGGGAAAUGCCAAUCGUUGGAGGAAGUGGAGUUUUCCGAUAUGCUCGGGGCUACGCUUUGGCGAAGACAGUUCAGUUCAACCAAAAGACCGGAAAUGCUGUGGUUGAAUACAAUGUGUCUGUCUUGCAUUUCUGAGGGGGUUCCAAGUUCUUCAGUAAUCAACAUUGUUUGAGAGUUGUUUUUGUAUUCCAAGUCAGUCAUGCAUGCAUGUCUGUACGUAGACUCUAGCAUUGUUUCUACUAUAGGAAAGUACUGUCAUUUCCCUAGUAACAAUAGAAUAAGGCCUAUUCUCAAUUAAUAAAUAUUGUUUCUCUAUUCUAAAACGAGUGACUGGUUAGGUCCACAGAAAAUUGAGAGUAUAUUACUCAUCAAGACUGCCUUAUGUAACUACAAUGAGGUAUAUCACAUGUUAGAGAGACGAGUAUUCAU